GCAGGCCCAGUUUGACAUCACUGUAGCCAGUGAGAUUAUGGCAGUUUUAGCUCUCACCACCAGUCUGGCUGACAUGAAGGAGAGACUUGCAAAAAUGGUGGUGGCCACCAGUCGCCGUGCUCAGCCUGUCACCACCGAGGAUUUGGGAGUGUGUGGAGCUCUGACAGUACUCAUGCGAGAUGCCAUCAAGCCAAACCUCAUGCAGACACUUGAGGGAAACCCUGUGUUUGUUCAUGCUGGACCUUUUGCAAACAUUGCACAUGGAAACUCUUCAAUCUUGGCAGAUAAAAUUGCUCUGAAACUAGUUGGACCUCAGGGAUUUGUGGUCACUGAAGCAGGUUUUGGAGCAGAUAUUGGAAUGGAGAAAUUUUUCAAUAUCAAGUGUCGCCACUCUGGUCUCAAGCCUCAUGUUGUGGUCUUGGUUGCCACAGUUCGAGCACUUAAGAUGCAUGGAGGUGGUCCAACGGUCACCGCAGGCACGCCUCUGCCAAAAGAAUAUAUUGAAGAGAAUCUGGCACUGCUGGAAGCCGGCUGUAGUAACAUGAGGAAGCAAGUGGAGAACGCUCAGCUUUUUGGGGUUCCAGUAGUUGUGGCUGUCAACGCUUUCAAGUAAGACGGCACCUGCUG